AUGAGAGAUGUCGGGGAGGGUAUACUGCCGCCUUUGUUUGCAGGACGGACGCCGCAGCUCGAGCGGUUCGUCCUUGCGGGAUUCACGUCGUGGUCCGGAAACAAGUUUGUGAAUCUCAAGGAACUCUGCCUCUGUAACCAGGUCUUACACGCGCGCCCGCACAUGAGCAGCCUGCUGGGUCUGCUGGAAGCGUCCCCUCAUCUGCAAGAUGUCGUACCUGCCUGUGCUGGCCCCGACACCUUAGACGAUCCCCAGGGACACUCAAAUACCUCUCCGCGUCUCGUCGCACUCCCCGAUCUUCGCGUACUUGAGAUCGGAAACUGGACGUCCGCGUCGGUCAUUGCAUCGUUCCUUUCGCGCCUCGUCGUUCUACUUACCCAACUACAUAUCUGGGGUUACAAGGUCUUGAGUGGCGACGAGACUUUUGUAGCGUUGCUACCCGAGGACCUGACGCAGCUCGGACCGCUGCAGCGCUUGACCACCUUUUGCUUGACGGCUGAUGCGUCGCCGACGUUUGAGCAAUUUCUCACAGUGCGCGACGGGGUGCUGUACGUCACUGGGCAGUUCUACGCUCCAGAUACACUUCUCCCACUGUUCGUGCAGCUGGAUACGCGACAUGUGCGCGCUCUUAUGCUCGCGACCUACGGCGAGCCCGACUGGUCGCGCGAGCGAUGGAAGGCAGUACUGUCUGCCCCUCUCUAA